AUGGGAGGAGAUUUUAAGGAGGCAUUCUUCGAGAACUAUUUCCCUGAAAGCAUCAGAGAUAGGAGAGAUACCAAAUUCUCGACAUUAGUACAGGGAUCUAGAUUUGUGUUAAAGUACCAACAGAGGUAUGAGGAACUGUAUUACUUUUCUCCUGAGCACAUCAGGAAUGAUAGGGCUAAGGCCAAGAAGUUUGAGAAGGGGCUUAGGCCUAGUAUUGGUUCGACCAUUGUUGGACUUAAAUUGCAGACUUAUGCAGAGGUCAUGCAAGUGGCCAAGUCUAUUGGGGACCAGUAUUGGGAUAAUUUUACUACACAACAAGGAAAGGCUAACUUAGUAGCUGAUGCACUUAGUAGAAAAUCUCAGGCCCUAACUCUUGCUUCACUGAGCACUAAUGAGUGUCUAAUUAAAGAGGCUAAGAAAUUUAAUUUGGAACUACUAUUUGAAGGUGUCACCUUGUCACUAUCAGCAUUGGUGGUGCAGCCUAGCCUAGUGAACAGGAUCACUGCAGCCCAGAUUACUGAUGCAGAGUUACAGAAAUUGAUAACUGACAUCAAGGAAUGGAAGCAGAAGGACCAGGAUUUCUCUUUAACUGACGAGGGAAUCCUAAAAUUUAAGGGAAGAUUGUGCGUGCUCGAUGAUAGUGAUUUGAGAGAUGCUAUUUUGAAAGAAGCGCACAACUCUUCAUACUCCAUUCACCCCGGCAACACCAAAAUGUACAAGGACCUAAAAGAUUCCUACUAUUGGAUGGGAAUGAAGAUUGAUGUAGCCACUCAUGUAUCUAGGUUCCUCACUUGCCAGCAAGUCAAGGCAGAGAGACAGUGA